ACGGAACGUUUAGUAGUGCGCUUGUUUCCGUGGAAAUCAUUUAUUUUCGAACAAGCAGGCUUCCUGUCACAAAAUGGUUCCCCUGACAACUAGCUAUAGCUAGCUAGGGAAGUUAGAAAACACGAUGUUUUCUCGUACUGUUUAAUUUAUAUUUCUGCCAUCGCUCAAGUUAUUGCUAAUCUAAAAAUGAAUUCCAGGGUUUCUGAAAAUACAGUGUCUCGCCCGUUGAGACGAUCGACAAGGCAGUCAUCGGGUAACGUUAACCUUAAAGUAUUGAGUUUUGAAGCGACGCCCAGAGGUCCUCUAAAACGGACCAGAAAGGGGUUAGAAAGCCAAGCACCUUUAGCAGCGGUCAAUGGUUCCAAAGAUGUGGAGACUGGCUUAGAGGAUGAAGAUUCCCCUAGUAAGAAGAGCAGGCUGGAGACUGGAGGACCAGUGGGUGGCAGUGGUGAUAAGACUGAGAUGGAUGUCCAGGAAUCAUUGGAAGAACUGGAGGAAAAUAAAGAUGAAGACCAGGAAAUGGAUAUCAUACCGGAUUCCUCUCAUCUCACUCAUCAACCAAAGGUCGAAAGAUGCCAAGGCGCUUUUGGAGAUCUGAAUUUAUCCCCUCGUGUAGUGCUCCAUGAAUGCUGCAGAUCCAGUCAUGCUGUACAUGAAGAUGCAGACUUGAUGAAAACCAAGACAGUUAAACCAUCAACAAAAGGACAUGUGCCACCCCCCAAGAUUACUGCGCAAAUCAGACCACCGGCAAACCGACAUGAUGUGCCGAUCGCUAGCAUGGCUGACUACAAGAGGACAAUGGAGGCCAAAGCUAAGAGCACUGGGAUACUGGCAGUUAACCACCAUGUCCCCUAUGUGUAUCCAACCUCGGAGAAAUCCUACACAACCCGACAGCGUGUCAAUAACAUUCCGACUCAAGAAGAAACUGUUAAGCAGAAAAAACAAGUGAUGAAGAAAACCAACAUUAAUAAGAGAAGUUCUGGAUAUUCCUGCCAAGGAUUCCUGUGGUGUUUAUGGCGUUUGGUUCUCCUUGUGCUGAUCUGUUCUGCCGUUCUGCUGCUGGCAUGGAAAAUCAUCCCUGUACUCAAAAAGACUGCAGAUGUAGGAAUGCAUCCAUCCAGGGCUUUAAGGCCAGAAAUGUUUGCAGAUCAGUUAUCUCUUCUUGAGACUCAGUUCCCUAGUCAGCGGCUUGAGUUGUGGAAGAGGACCAAGAUCCACCUGGAGAAGCAUCUCAAAACAGCCCAUCCUACGGAGCCAGUGAGUCUCAUCUUUACUGCAGGCCAUAGAGCUGAGAUAACACUGCGCUGCCUGGCUCAGGGGCUGGCCGCCUCCUUCUCGUCUGCCCUCAACGCCUCCGUCCUCCACAUCGAUGGAGCCAGCAAAGCCGGCCAGGACAGCGAUAAGGUGAAGCUGGACAUUGACGGCCAGUUGCGAGCAGCCUUCGACGGAGACAAACCCGUGGCUGUAAUUCAUCGAUUCGAAGAGCUGCCUCCAGGCUCCACCCUUAUUUUUUAUCGCUACUGCGACCACGAGAACGCCGCCUACAAGCAGGUGUUCUUGUUGUUUACUGUGCUACUGCCUCAAGAUGAGGUCAAGGGUAAUUACAGUCUGAAGGAAGUGGAGGAGAUGGUGCAAGACCAUGUUAAGGGAAAGCUGGUGGACUCCAGCAACAAAGCUGGUUUCAACGAGAUGGACACUGACAAGUACGGUGGACUGUGGAGCCGCAUCUCCCAUCUUGUCUUACCCGUGGUGUCUGAGAGGGAAGUAGAGCAGAAAGGGUGCUGAUGAACCCAGCUCGCCAUCAAAGAGGUCACAAGACCGCUUUGGACCAUCCUGAUCCUCCUUGUCACUGGGCAGGAGCUCUGAAACCGAAAACAUGUAAAUAUAAUUUGCGUGUUGUUACAUUUUUCAUAUAUUGUUUUUUUGUUGAUGUUUAAAGGUUGUAAUAAUCUCUUUCUGCUGAGAUGAGAUUGUUCUCAAACUGUCUAAUGUUGAUGAUUUAGCACUGAGUUUGUACACACGCGUAUAUGUACAGGCUUUUGCGUAACAAUGUUACAGUAAACCAUCAUUCCACUUCCAAAGGUUAUGUAAUUCGUAUUCUCAUACAGAUUUAGCAUACAUUGAUUUGUUUUCUUCUUCUGUACCAUAAAUCUGUAUUGACAGCAUGUUGUUCAACAGCUUUUUAAUCCAUCUAAGAGUGUAUGAGUUUUUAGUGAAAGAUCAGUAUGGAUUAAACUGGGAACUAAUAAAACAUGUUUUAUUUUCUGUAGACAUCUUUGUUUCUGUUGCAAAUUUCAAAUUUCUUGUUCUGUAUUGAGUCUCAAAGGAUGGCUUACUUAAGAUGUCUGUUGAAUGUCCCCAUGGAGAUGUGUGUUCCAACUGUUCAUUUAAUUGUAUUGUGUGCACAAUUGGAUUUGCACUAAAACUGUAUGCUUCAACUAUACAUCUAUACAAAAGUGUGCUGGCUUUUAUCAAGAAAUAUUUUAUAUUCUUAGUUUUUUUCUGAAUGUGUAUAUUUUUUAUGUGUUCCCUUUUUCCUUGAUUGGAAUAUUUUUUGAUAUUUGUGUGUGUAUAUAAAUAUAUUGAAUAUGAAAAACUUUGUUCUUUGCACCUGUUUUCAAGUAACCACUAAAAUGUACUUACAAUGUUAGAAACAUACAGGUUUUCACCAAAUGAUUUGGAUUUUACAAUUAAAUAUUACUGAAUAUUAUUCAUCAAGUCACGUGAUGUGCCUUAAACACCCAUUUGGAGAAGAGACUACUGUUCUUGACAAUUUCAAAACCCAAAUAAGGUUUCUUGCAGAAUAUUUUGUGAAAAAUAAUUUAAAUUUGAAAUUACAAGGAAGUGUUUUUUUCUGUGUUCAUUCCUCUUGUGUUAUCAUUCUGAGAUGAAUUUUGUUUUGCUCAUGUCAAUGUGUAUAUAUUUUCAAUAAAGAUUAUUUUGAUAA